AUGGCGGAGGACAUCUCGUCGCCAGCAUUUUCGCCAGACCCCGACGUGAGGCUCUUCAAGCUACAGCACGGAGGCCUCACGGCGACCAUCACCAACCUUGGCGCCACUGUCACCAGCCUUACGGUUCCCGAUGCACGCGGUCAGCUGCAUGACAUUGUUCUUGGCUUCGACACCGCUCAGCCUUACCAGGAUGGCACAUCGCCCUUCUUCGGCUGUGUGGUUGGCCGAGUGGCCAAUCGCAUUGCAGGAGCUCAGUUCAAUCUGGAUGGUCAAAUCCACCAUCUGACGGCCAACGAUGGCCCUCGCCCCAACACACUGCAUGGUGGCAAAGUGGGAUUUGACAAGCGAAUAUGGCGUGUGGUAGGCAAGGAUGAAAUCGACAAAAUAGUACCCGCUGUAUCAUCAUCAGCAGGAGCAGCAGCAGCAGAGGAGGGAGGAGCAUCAGGCAGCAGUACGGAGUUGAAUCUGACACUGACGAGUGGGGACGGGGAGGAGGGGUUCCCGGGGAGGGUGGAGGUGCGGGUGACGUACAGGCUGGGAGAUGGAGAGAUGGUGGUGGUCAUGACGGCACAUGCUGUUGACAGGGAUACUCCCGUCAGCAUGGCGCAUCACAUGUACUGGAACCUGGGCGGCCAUGCCAGUGGAACAGUGCACGACCACGUUGUGAGGGUCAACGCCUCCCACUACACGCCAAUCAAUGCCAACCACAUCCCCACAGGCGAAAUUUUGCCGGUAGCAGACACCCCCUUUGACUUCCUCUCGAGGGACUUCCCCAUUGGCGCCCGCAUGGCUGACGUGGCAGGCGGGUACGAUCACAAUUACGUGCUGCAGAGAACACACACGUGGAGCGGGGAAGAACUGGCGGCUGGGGGAGAAUCAGGGACAGAAGGAACGGAAGGAGCAUUGGCGGGUGGGGCAACAAAUGAAUCUGAAGCAGCAGGGGCAGUGUUGGCAGGGCAGAAAUUGUUUCUGGCUGCCCGAGUGCGGCACCCGGAAACAGGCAUCGUCAUGACCCUGUCGACUAAUGCUCCUGCCAUGCAGUUCUACACCGGCAACUUCCUGGAUGGUUCUUUUAAAGGGAAGGGAGGCGCAGCAUAUCAGCAGCACGCAGGCUUCUGUCUUGAAACACAGGGCUUCCCAAACGCGGUGAAUGAGCCCAAGUUCCCUUCCGUCAUUCUAAGAAACGGCGAGCACUCAGUCCACGUGAUGCGAAUACAGUUCAGUCAUACAUAG